CUUGUUGCGAGGUGGUCCCCGGCUCCGGCAUUAUAAAGAGCGCCACGAGUCGGUAUUGUCAGGCGGCGGCACUGCGCGGGUCUAGUGUAAGUGUGUUGGUGGGUUCUGUGCGACUGCGGCCGAGGAAGAGGGCGCGAGAUCGCAGCGGCUCCGUCGGCUGGCGGAGACGAGGACCGGCAGCGCGAGGGUGAGCGCCGCCGAGCCCGUGACACCUUCCCGGCGGGCGGGGACGAGUGGGCCUCGCGGCGUCAUCGGCGGCGAGGAGCCGCCUCGCCUUGGCCUAGCAUGUCGGAAGCGAGUGAGGAGCAGCCCAUGGAGACGACGGGCGCCACCGAGAACGGACAUGAGGCCGCCCCCGAAGGGGAGUCGCCAGCCUCCACCGUCACAGGGGCCGCAGCGGGCGCUGGAGGCGGGAGAGCGGCGCCUCCAGCCGGAAACCAGAAUGGCGCCGAGGGCGACCAGAUAAACGCCAGCAAGAACGAGGAGGAUGCGGGAAAAAUGUUCGUUGGUGGCCUGAGCUGGGAUACCAGCAAAAAGGACCUAAAGGAUUAUUUUACCAAAUUUGGAGAGGUCGUUGACUGUACAAUAAAAAUGGAUCCCAACACUGGCCGAUCAAGAGGGUUUGGGUUUAUUCUCUCGAAAGAUGCAGCCAGUGUGGAAGGAAGGUAAGCUAGGUAUUUGUAUCAGCAAGUCCUAGACCAAAAGGAACAUAGGCUGGAUGGCCGUGUCAUUGACCCCAAAAAGGCCAUGGCUAUGAAGAAGGACCCAGUAAAGAAAAUUUUUGUAGGGGGUCUGAAUCCUGAAGCCACUGAGGAGAAAAUCAGAGAAUACUUCGGCGAGUUUGGAGAGAUUGAGGCUAUUGAGCUUCCAAUGGAUCCAAAGUCGAAUAAAAGACGAGGCUUUGUUUUCAUCACCUUUAAAGAAGAGGAACCUGUGAAGAAAGUUCUGGAGAAAAAGUUCCACACUAUCAGUGGAAGUAAGUGUGAGAUCAAGGUGGCCCAGCCCAAAGAGGUCUAUCAGCAGCAGCAGUACGGCUCUGGGGGCCGUGGGAACCGCAACCGGGGGAACCGAGGCAGCGGCGGUGGCGGAGGUCAGAGUCAGAGUUGGAAUCAGGGCUACGGCAACUACUGGAACCAGGGCUACGGCUACCAGCAGGGCUACGGGCCCGGCUAUGGCGGCUACGACUACUCGCCCUAUGGCUAUUACGGCUACGGCCCCGGCUACGACUACAGUCAGGGUAGUACAAAUUACGGGAAGAGCCAGCGACGUGGUGGCCAUCAGAAUAACUACAAGCCAUACUGAGGCUUCAGCAGGAGAGUCCGACUGAUCGCACACGCUUUGUUUGGAUAUCAAGUGAACACAAUUAUGUACCAAAUUUAACUUGGCAUACUUUCUAUGGCCUGUCCCAUGUGCAUCUUAUUUAAAAAUCCCCCCACCCUCCUGGAAAUCACUCUCCUGUUUACUAUUCCCAGAGCUCUAGUUGUUUUUUAGGCAGCGUGUGGUGUCUCAGAGGCCAGAGCGGCAUUAUGAACUGAUUUUAUUACUGGGUUACUCAGAACCAGAUUUGGGUGGGGGGGGUCUGCUUUCCUGCUGCUGCUCUGCAGCCUGGACCUGUGGACCCUGGUUGUAAAGAGUAUGAACUAUCUUAGGAAACCAGUGUCACCUUUUUUUCACCUUUUAAUUUUAUAUUAUUUGUGUCAUACAUUUCCUGUAUUGGAAGUGUUAAUUUUACUGUACUUUUUGGUACCUUUUGGGAAUCUAAUGUAUUGUAAGGUAUUUUACACGUGUCCUGAUUUUGCCACGACCUGGAUAUUGAAGCGAUCCAAGCUUUUGAAAUAAAAAUUAAAAAACCCCCAAAGCCUGGGUGAGUGAGGGAUAUGCUAUGGAAAGGUGGGGAGGGGCAAGUGUCAUGAGCUUUCUGGGUUCCAGUGUCGUCUUUGACCCAUAGCUACGUGCUUUCCAAAUCCUUGAUUUUCUGUAAUAAUGCAGCCCUGCCCAGGACUUAAGCCCCUUUAAAGGGAAUGUCUGGGAGGUUUGAGGCAGUUAUUUAGCUGUCUAGGGGGUGAAGAUGGUGCAGUGAGGGUUGCCACCCCCCAGCAGGGCUGUUGCUUCUUCCAGAGUCAAUCUGGGUCACCAACACCUCAUUGUCCUGACCUGCCUAUAGAAAUGGGCCUCAACGUCUCAUUCAAAGACAGUGAACCCUGUAGAUGGGGCAGUGGCCCACGGCCAGUUGGAUGUUGGCACAUGAUAGGCUACAUGUGCCACCCUAAGUCUGGGUAUUGAGGCCUAAGACUAUCUGGUUGCAAGAGGCAGCGUGCUGGGGCUCCAGGUGGACACAGCCUGGCAAAGGGAGUUGCCCUCACCCAUGAAAGGAACUGGUCUGGGGAGGAAGGCUGUUCCGGCUGUCAAAUGCAAACUAAGGAUUCCACUAUGUGGUGGUGGGGUGGAGAAGGUGAGGGGAAAGCCCAAGCCCUGGAACCUGUGGGAAGGCAACAUCAGUGAACUGUUCAUCAGAAAAGGUUUGGCUGCUGAGUGAAGGAACCGCCACUGCGCAGGAGAAGCAAGGCCCACUCACCUGGAGGACGUGACCCCAGCAGCGCUGCCUCGGAGCUGGGGCUGCAGUGUGGCACAACUUCGCAUGUUUGCUUCCAUGUCUGAAGAGAGCCACCCAACCUGUUAAUUGGCCUUAAUCUCCUGACGACCCCUGCUACCACCAGUGUCAAGCUUCUUGGAUGGCAGUGUGGAGGUUGGGCUCACCAACCUAUGUUCUACCCUUUACCACCAGCCAUAGGAUCAUAGCAAUUUCCCCAAAGGGCACAGUUAGCCCUCAGAUUUCCCAAGACUUCCAGACUCAACUGACACUCCUCCCUUGGUGCAGGAAACCAAGGCCAGCACGGUCUGCUUGUGCCCCCCUGGGCUGCCCACAAAUGCACUUCCCACACCCCUACCAGUUGUCUUAGGGAUGGGUCUUGGUGCCUAAAACCCUGGGGCAUAGGUGGGUGCUGCAUGCUGGGCUCCCCAGAUGGGACUGGACCUGUUUGGGCUCCUACGAGCUUAUAUAUGUAGCAUAGCCUCUAUAGAUGGUCCAGUCUGGGAGGUAGUUUCUUAGUGGGACUGGGAGAGACCCUGGGCUGUCUUUGGAAGCUAGGAGCUUCUGUGGAGGGGAACUUUACUUUGUAUUUGAGUCCUGGGUGCAGAUCUCUUCAGCCACACAGCAGCUGACUGAUCUUAGCCUGAAUAAAAAGUACAGAUCUA